AUGGACAUAAUAGUACGUGAUCAACCAGAUAUUUCGAGAACAAAUAUCUUCUGUUCCACUAUUAUCAGAGUUAGUUUUCAAAAUAUUGAUGAUAUAUGUAACUCCACACAUGUACACUUGGGACCGGAUGUGGUGCUCUCGCGAUUUGUUUACUCAUUCAGCGGGUGCGCGCUUCAGUCCAAGAUGGCUACUGGAGACAAUAGCGGUCGGGUUCCGUGUUUAAAUUUCUCCGGACCCGGACCUUUGGGUAACAGCCAACCGAGCAACAGUCCUUACGCUUUGGCUGCGAGUCACGGAGGAUCAGUAGGAGGCGGCGGAGGCUCUCAGAGCGUGACAAGACGCUCAAAUCCUCAACCGGGGCCUGCGGGCCUGGAAAUCCCCGGUGUUGCCUUAGGACCUCCGCUGAACCUCAUGAACUCUCAACCGGCUGCCGCGGCGGUGGUGGGGCCGCCGGCUUCGACCGCCUCGAAUAUGACAGGAAACCCGUCAAACAACGCAGCGAUGACACCGGCGACACACUCGUCUCUGUCCCAUGCCCCGGCCGCAGCCGCCGUGCUCGUGUACCGGGAGCCCGUUUAUAACUGGCAGGCGACGAAAAGCACCGUGAAAGAGAGAUUUGCGUUUUUGUUCAAUAAUGAAGUACUGAGUGAUGUUCACUUUCUUGUGGGUAAAGGAAUGGGAGUCCAGCGGAUACCCGCGCACAGGUUUGUUCUGGCCGUUGGCAGUGCGGUAUUUGAUGCCAUGUUUAAUGGAGGCAUGGCCACCACGUCCACAGAGAUCGAGCUUCCUGAUGUAGAACCCGCAGCGUUCCUCUCAUUGCUCAAGUUCCUGUACUCUGAUGAGGUUCAAAUCGGACCCGAGACGGUGAUGACGACUCUCUACACCGCUAAGAAAUACGCCGUUCCGGCUCUGGAGGCGCAUUGUGUGGAGUUUCUGAAGAAGAACCUGCGCGCAGACAAUGCGUUCAUGCUGCUCACACAGGCCAGACUGUUCGAUGAGCCGCAGCUGGCCAGCCUGUGCCUGGAGAACAUCGACAAAAACACAGGAGACGCUCUGGCUGCUGAGGGAUUCACAGAUAUUGAUCUGGACACGCUGGUUGCGGUGUUGGAGAGAGAUACUCUGGGGUUGCGCGAGGUGCAUUUGUUCGUAGCGGCGGUUCGCUGGGCAGAAGCUGAAGCUCACCGACAGCAGCUCCAAUCCACGCCGGAGAACAAGAGACGUGUGCUGGGAAAAGCCCUCAAUCUCAUCCGCUUCCCUCUCAUGACCAUAGAGGAGUUCGCCGCAGGUCCUGCUCAGUCGGCCAUUCUGACGGACAGAGAGGUGGUGAGUCUGUUCCUGCACUUCACAGUGAAUCCUAAACCACGUGUGGAGUUCAUCGACCGGCCGCGCUGCUGUCUGCGGGGGAAAGAGUGCAGCAUCACACGCUUCGGGCAGGUGGAGAGCCGCUGGGGUUACAGCGGGACCAGCGACCGCAUCCGGUUCUCUGUGAAUCGCAGGAUAUUUAUUGUGGGGUUUGGGCUUUAUGGAUCCAUUCACGGACCGACAGACUAUCAGGUCAACAUACAGAUCAUUCACACUGACAGUAACACAGUUCUGGGUCAGAACGACACCGGCUUCAGCUGUGACGGAUCGGCCAGCACCUUCAGAGUCAUGUUCAAGGAACCGGUGGAAGUUCUGCCCAACGUCAAUUACACGGCCUGUGCUACGUUAAAGGGUCCGGACUCGCACUACGGCACUAAAGGCAUGAGGAAGGUCACGCACGAGUCGUCCGGCUCCGGCACCAAGACCAGCUUCACCUUCUGCUACGCCGCGGGAAACAACAACGGCACGUCCGUGGAGGACGGCCAGAUCCCAGAGGUCAUCUUCUACACGUAGUCUCCGCUGGCGUCUCGGCUUUCCGUCGGCACAUGACAUUGCACUUGACCGUAACGCUGUAUUCAGAGAACUGACAGUAAAGACGGGCGCGUGAACCUCUCGCCGCUGUUACAGACGGACAACUGGCUUCAGGCGGUUCUGUCAUUAAUAACCGAUAGUAACGAUUGCGAUUAGACUUUGAGGGCUCAUAUUUACACUGACUGUUAACAGCAAGUGAAUUACUCACCCACGACUGACUGACAUGUAACAUGCAAAUGUAUCUUUAUUUUUGUGUAUCUGAUUUUGCAUCAGUCGACCUGGGUUGCAAUUAAAACUCUUGCCAAACCUGCACCUCACUCACAGUUUAAGAGCUUUACAGUUAAAGGAAUAGUUCACCCACAAAUGAACAUUUACAAGAUGUAGAUGAGUUUGUUUCUUCAUCAGAUUUGUAGAAAUGUAGCUCUGCAGUGAAUGGGUGCCGUCAGAAUGAGAGUCCGAACAGCUGAUAAAAACAUCACAAUAAUCCACACCACUCCAGUCCAUCAGUUAACAUCUGGAGAAGACAAAACAAAUCUAUCAUUAAGACGUUUUUUACUUUAAACAGUCGCUUUAAUGGCUGACGGCACCCAUUCACUGCUGAGCAAGUGAUCGAAUGCUACAUUUCUCCAAAUCUUGAUGAAGAAACAAACUCAUCCUAAUCUCGGAUGGCCUGAGGUUGAGUGGAUUUUCAACAAAUAUUCAUUUUUGGGUGAACUGUUGCUUUAAUUCUAAUCUAAAUAAAGCUAAUUUUGAUGUGCAUGCAACUAAUGAUUUGUGCAAAUGCUGCCAUACAAAAGCAAACAGCAGUAAUUACAUAUUUUGUCAGUGCAUUUGGACUAAAAUUGUGUAUUUUAGAUUAUAAUAUGAAAAAGAAUUUAUAUCAAAUCAAUUAAGUUUAAUUUGCGUUGAGUUUUUGUACAGCAGUGUGAUUGUAGACCAGAGGAAACCGGUCUGGGAACGUGGUUUGUUAUCUUCUCUUCUGUGCCAAGGUUUUCCUUCGAUGUUCCUCAUGCAUUCAGCACUUAAUUUAACAAGAGCGUGAGAAUCAUUCAGGAACAGUAUUUAUUUACAGGGUGAACCUCAGCACUCGUGCAAGACUGUUCGGAUCAAACACAUGCUUGUGUUUCUUGAUUUGUUGAUGGUCGGUUAUGUUGGGUCUUUGUAUGACUACUCAUGUUCAAUAAAGAUGAAUCAUUCUUUA